CGCAUAUUUAAAGAAUGUAGCAGUUUCUGCUCGCCCAUUUGCUGCCAAGCUCAGUUGGUUGAAUAACUCUCACUUAUUAUGGAGUGCAGCGCCGCCACACGAAGAGGACUGAUAAUUGGUGCCACCGUUGUCAUCGCCAUCAGCGCUGUCGCUUUGAUCAUAGUAGCUGUGCUGUACGCGCUGGCUUCCAACGUCGGACUAAUGCAUGCUGUGGUGCUAGACGCUGGCUCAACAUCAACCAAAUUAAAUCUUUACGAAUGGGUCGACGAUCCAUUUCGAACGAACGCACAAGUGAAGCAAAUUGCCGACUCGCGCGUCAGACCCGGGAUUUCGGCGUUCGUUGAUCAACCAUUUGAGGCCUACAAAAAGUUAGAGGAGCCACUGAAAGCAUUGGUUGCUAACUUGUCAGAAGAAGAACGAAAGAAAACUCCAGUAUACUUGGCCGCCACGGCGGGGAUGAGGUUGAAAUUACUAGAGGACCCCUUGGGAAGUCUGGAUCUAUUCGACAAAUUACGACGAGGUUUGCUCACAUCCGGUUUGUCGGUACAAGUGCCAAACGAACGGAUUCGUUUGCUCUCUGGGGCGGAAGAGGGUCUGUUUGGAUGGAUUACAGUGAAUAAUAUCCUGAAUUUGAUUACCACGGAUGUGCAAGUUUCUUCUGAUCGAACGGUUGGAUCACUGGAUUUGGGCGGCGCAAGUACUCAGAUCGCCUUUGUCCCAUCCCCCGUUCCCACAACCUUGGAGAAGACUGCUGACAUGUUUCCGCUGAAGCUUUUCGGAGGCCAAUACGACGUCUACAGUCACAGUUUUCUGUGCUAUGGAAAGAACGAGGCUGAGCGCCGAGUAAUGGGUGCAGCCAUCGGCUCAUCAAUGGGAUCCGAAAUCUCACAUCCAUGUCUAUUAAGCGGCUACCUAUCUGGAGAAAUGGACCCAGAUAAAAUAUUCUCCGGACCCUGUAUGUCUGGGUCUUAUGCCAACAAGGUAUUCGGUAAGGAGUACACCAAGCCACCGCAACUCACCAAAUUCAAAUUCAAAGGAACAGGCAACUUGGAUACCUGCAAAGACCUAAUUUCUAAGCAAUUUAAGAAGGACAAUUGCACGAUUCCUCCAUGCUCGUUCAACAAUGUAUUCCAGCCACCUGUGGUUGGCGAAUUCCGAGCGUAUGCUGGAUUCUCCUACGUCGCAAAAUAUCUAUUCUCUAGUCGGUCAACCGGAAUAUCAAAAACAGAGUUCGGCGAAAAAGUGAAGGAGUUCUGUACUCAACCAUGGCAAACUAUUGCAGCAAAAACCCCACCUGAAGAACAGGAAUCUGUCGCGAAAUAUUGCUUCGACGGUGUAUUCGUCUCUGUUUUGCUUCAAAACUACGGUUUUACGGAGGAUGAGGAGUGGAAAAAAAUCACAUUCGGAGACAAGGUAUCCGAAUUUGAGAUUUCGUAACGUAUAUACAUAGAACCUGAUAUGAUUACUUUUGGAAGCUGUUCCUUUGACACCAGGGAUAUCCACACAUUUGAAUAAUUUG